GCUAUACAUUAUUGGGUAUCCCAUAUUUCCUCCACUGCAUAUUCUGAGUAAGGUCCAUCUAUAGCCCACACAACCACCAGAAAUCUCAUACUCACUACCGCACGCACGAAAUCGACACAAUUUCAAGCUUGCAUACACAAACUCACAACCAUGACUUCCUUCUUUAUCACUGGUGCCUCUAGAGGAUUCGGCUUGGCUCUGGUCAAGGAGCUUUUAGCUCUGCCCACUUCCAAAGUCAGCAAGAUUAUCGCUUCUUCCCGCAGCGACUCUUCAGCCCUCAGUGAAGUUGUCAACAGCUCUUCUGGCCGUGCUGAAUGGGUCAAGCUUGACGUGACAGACCAAGAGUCCAUCAAGAAGGCCGCUGCCGAGACAGAGGCCAAGCUCGGCGGCAAGGGUCUCGAUGUCCUGAUCAACAAUGCUGGUAUCUGUGAAUAUGCGUUCCAAGGGAUAAAGUCCAUGGACAACCUCUCUUCCAGCUUCUUGGUCAACGUCCAAGGCGUUCACUGGGUAACCCAAGCCUUCUUCCCACUUCUCGAAAAGGGCCAGCUGAAGAAGGUGGCCAACAUUUCCACUACCCUUGGCUCCAUCAGUCUGGCAGAGCAUUUCGUUCAAUUUCCUGGUCCCGCGUACAAGAUCACAAAGGCUGCUCUCAACGCUCUGACCGUGCAGUGGGCUCUUGACCACGAGAAGGAUGGCUUCACUUUCAUUGCUCUCUGCCCUGGCUGGAUGAAGACAGAGCUCGGAGGUGGUGACAUGGCCGACUUGACCGCUGAGCAGGGCGCCAAGGCCUCUCUCGACAUCAUCUUCAACAAGAGCCAAAAGGAAGUCAACGGGAAGCUACCCAAGGUAUUUGUCGAGCGCUGGGACAAGCCCGCUCCGGGGAGGGCAAAUGUGUACGAUGGCACCAACGCGCCUUGGUGAAUGGCCAGUAAUGGUGAUGACGAGGUGCAUGUGAAUACAUGCUGGCAGGCCGAACGUGGAAUAGAAACAAUUCAUUCCAUGUGCAUUUCUUUGGCUUCAUGCCGCGUAACACCAAAUGCUGUAUCACCACCAAGGUUAAGUCAUCUCGCGUCAAGAUGCCAAUCACGAGCGCACGAUCUCCGCAUGGCUACAAUGACAUGAUCUGGCACGCAGGAAGCAGGGUCACAGCCAAGGCUGGGUAGCGCAUGCGCUCGGGUAGUCUUUCGCCAUGUGAAAAUCGAAUGAGGCUCUCACCAUGACAUUCCAGAAGACGGCAGCUGGACCCUUCACCAUCCACCAAGUGCAAGCCAAGUCCAAGUCGUCAAAAUAAGGUCGGCGGCGUGGAACUAGGGUGGAUCUGUCAACAACAAGCAUUUUAGCAUAGCAUUAGCGGCUAUCACGACGGGGGUUACGCUGGACACAUGCUGAUCUGGGGUCCUGUCACCUUGAGAGAGAAAUUCCUUGUGACUGUUUGUUUGGUCGUCACGUCAUCUUCUGACACCCAACUUCGCAAAGAAAGGCCGAUCGGUUCACCAUCGCCUUAAACACCCCUGCUUCCACCACGGAACGAGGGCGGAAUGACAGCGGAACUUUGACCGCAGUGACUGCCAAACCCCCAAGCGCAAGGUGGGGAGCCCAGGU